GAGUCUUCCUCAAAUUUUGAGUUCUUUUUGAUUCGUUCUCUUGGUUUCUUUGAAAUUUGAGUGAACAGUCUCUGUUAGAUUUUCAUUUUGUGUGCUAUUUACAAAAGGUUAUUUGAAAAUGCCCAUGUAUCAGCCAUCUACACACAGAAGAGAAGCUGAGUUAAAGGUUGAUGGGCAAGUUUUGGAUGUGGAAACUGCUGUGAAAGAUGGCGUCUUGGACGGUGUUGGUGGCGGAUUAUGUGGUGGGUUUGCAUCGGAGAAAUUGGAUCUGAAGCAAAUGAUUGACGAGCUUGAAUCCUUGGAGGUCCCAAUAGUCUUCAUAUGUCCAAUCUCUCUGGAGCCGAUGCAGGAUCCGGUGACCCUUUGUACCGGACAGACUUACGAGAGAUCCAACAUUCUCAAAUGGUUCUCUUUAGGCCACCGCACUUGCCCCACCACAAUGCAAGAGCUCUGGGACGAUUUUGUGACGCCAAACAAGACACUUCAGCAGCUGAUUUAUAGCUGGUUCUCUCAAAAAUAUGUUUCCAUGAAGAAGAGAUCCGAGGAUGUGCAGGGAAGGGUGUUGGAGAUUUUGGAGACUUUGAAGAAGGUUAAGGGUCAAGCUCGAGUUCAGGCCCUUACGGACCUAAGGCAGGUUGUUAACGCUCAUUCCACAGUGAAGAAGAUUGUUGUCAACAAUGGAGGUAUUGCUCUGAUUUCUUCUUUGUUGGGUCCUUUUACUACGCACGCUGUUGGGUCUGAAGCAAUUGGGAUUUUGACAAAUUUGGAUCUUGAUUUGAAUUCAAAAUCCCAUUUGAUGCAGCCUGCAAAAAUAUCAUUAAUGGUGGACAUGUUGAAUGAGGGCUCAAUUGAUACCAAAAUUAAUUGCACUAAAUUGAUUGAAAUUUUGGUGGGGGGGAAUGAUUCCAGUGCAGAAAAAGUAGCUAGCUUAAGUCUUUUGGUUGGUUUGUUAAGGCUAGUGAAAGAUACGAGGCACCCUAAUGGAGUACUAGCUGGAUUGCUUUUGCUUAAAGCAGUUUGCUGUCGUGAAUCUGUGAGAAUCUCAUUUGUGAAUGUUGGAGGAGUUCCUCAAUUGGUUAAGCUCUUGCCCAGUUUGAACAAUGAAUGCUUGGAAUUAGCCCUCUGUGUAUUAGAGUUACUAUCUGCUACUCCAGAAGGAAGAUUGGCAUUGAAAGAUUGCCCGAACACAGUUCCAAAUUUGGUGAAACUUUUAAUGAAAAUUUCAGAAAACUACACUCAGUUAGCAUUGUCAAUCUUGUGGGUAGUUUUCAAGGUUGCACCCGAAGAAUCUGCCUCACUUGCUAUGGAUGCAGGCUUGGCAGCAAAGCUGCUUUUAGUUAUACAGAGUGGUUGCAAUCUUUCAAUGAAGCAGCAGUCAGCCGAGUUGUUGAAAUUGUGUACCCUCAAUUACACAGCAACAAUCUUCAUUUCCAAGUGUAAACUUACAGCAACAAUACAGUGAAGAAACAGAAAUUGUCAGUCUGUUGAUAUAGUGGAUCUACUUUUAGUCUUUUACUCUUGCCCAGAGUAAGGAGCUCCAGUUUUGGACAAAUCAAGAUGGAGGCUGUCGGGGUCCUUGAGGUACCCUAUCCCUGUUGUGGAUAUUACAGAACUUCCAUUCAAUCAGCUAUUCCACUCAUAGAAGCUGCAUGUUGUGUAUCUGAGUUAAUUGUACAUAGCAUUGUUACGAUCCCCUAUCUAUAAGCCAGUUUCUUUUCAAGCCUUUUAAAUAACCCAGGUGGUAGAGUGAGAAGAAUCAAGCGCAGCCUAUGCUGAACUACAGUUGUUGGAGUCCAUAAGAGAGAAAUGUGCCCUUAAAAUGUGUUUCUAUGGUCACUGAAUGACUAUUUAGCAACCAUAAUAGGGGGAAAAGAUGUGGAGAGGGAACUCUUGUUCAAAUGAGUUUUGUUUGUCUGUAAUUAGCCUCUCCACUGAUCCUGAAAUUCCCUGUGCCUCUACAAGCUAUGUUUUUUUUAGGGACGUAGUUUAGUUUGAAAGGAGUUUUGGAUUUUACAGUUCAAAGUUCUCUGUAAUUUUCACAUGGUCAACCAUUAAAUCUACUUGAAUAUG